GAAAGGGUCUCCUCCUGCGGGGAGCUGUCUAAGGUGCUGAAGCUUUAUAAAUGAUUGUCUCUACUAACAAAAUGCAUGGUUAGAUUGCGUUGCUUUCUUUCUGGUUUUCCAUUCCUUGGAUACAACUAAUUCAGGAUCGUGAAUAGCAAUCGGUAUCAUGGCUCACGUGAGACAUUUUCGGACAUUAGUUUCGGGAUUUUACUUCUGGGAAGCAACCCUGCUACUCAGUUUGGUUGUUACAAAGGAAACAGAUAGUGCAAGAUCUCGAAGUGCUCCAAUGUCACCUUCUGACUUCCUGGAUAAAUUAAUGGGAAGGACAUCAGGAUAUGAUGCAAGAAUCAGGCCUAAUUUUAAAGGCCCUCCAGUGAAUGUUACAUGCAACAUUUUCAUAAACAGCUUUGGCUCUAUCGCGGAGACAACCAUGGACUACAGAGUGAAUAUCUUUCUUCGGCAGAAGUGGAAUGAUCCUCGCCUUGCAUAUACUGAAUAUCCUGAUGACUCUUUAGACCUAGAUCCUUCCAUGUUGGAUUCUAUUUGGAAACCUGAUUUAUUCUUUGCCAAUGAAAAGGGUGCCAAUUUUCAUGAAGUUACUACAGACAACAAAUUGCUAAGAAUUUUCAAAAAUGGAAAUGUCCUUUAUUCAAUAAGAUUGACAUUAACACUUUCCUGUCCAAUGGAUCUCAAAAAUUUUCCAAUGGAUGUACAAACAUGUAUAAUGCAACUGGAAAGCUUUGGGUACACAAUGAAUGAUCUGAUUUUUGAAUGGCAAGAUGAGGCACCUGUACAAGUGGCAGAAGGGCUUACUUUGCCCCAAUUUCUAUUGAAAGAAGAGAAAGAUUUACGAUACUGCACUAAAAAUUACAAUACAGGAAAGUUCACAUGUAUAGAAGUGCGCUUUCAUCUUGAACGACAAAUGGGAUACUAUCUGAUCCAGAUGUACAUUCCCAGCCUCUUGAUUGUUAUCCUCUCCUGGGUAUCAUUCUGGAUCAAUAUGGAUGCAGCUCCAGCCAGAGUAGCUUUGGGAAUCACCACUGUGCUGACUAUGACCACACAGAGCUCAGGAUCACGAGCUUCACUACCAAAGGUUUCAUAUGUCAAAGCUAUUGACAUAUGGAUGGCAGUAUGCCUCCUUUUUGUGUUUUCAGCACUUCUGGAAUAUGCAGCUGUAAAUUUUGUUUCAAGACAACACAAAGAACUUCUAAGAAUUCGACGAAAGAGAAGGAAUAAGACAGAAGCUUUUGCAUUGGAGAAGUUUUACCGUUUCUCAGACACGGAUGAUGAGGUAAGGGAAAGUCGAUUCAGCUUCACAGCCUAUGGAAUGGGGCCAUGUCUGCAAGCAAAAGAUGGUAUGACCUCAAAGGGCCCAAACCAUCCUGUCCAGGUAAUGCCGAAAAGUCCAGAUGAAAUGAGAAAGGUCUUUAUCGACCGGGCCAAGAAGAUAGACACUAUAUCCAGAGCCUGCUUCCCAUUAGCCUUUCUGAUUUUCAAUAUUUUCUACUGGGUUAUUUAUAAAAUUCUUAGGCAUGAAGAUAUUCAUCAACAACAAGAUUAAGUCUCUGGAGGCAUGCAAGGAAGCUCAAAUGAUCAAUUCUGAAGAAAGUGUAUUUGCUGUUGUACGUGUAUGCGUGUAUGUGUGUGUGUGUGCGUGAUGUAAAAGUGACCAUUGUAUUAAACCAGCAUAAAGAUGAGUUGUAUUUUGAUUUGCUAUGCAAAGUAACAAGAGGAUUUAAGAUUCUUUUAAUGGAUACAAAAUAUAUAUUAUCAGAAUUCUACAUCUGUUUUUUCCACAGUAAAUUGCAUAAAUGGAAGCUUUGCUGCCAAUGUGUUUGUAUGUUAUGUAAUAUCAUAUAAUGAUAGUAGAUGUGAAAACUACUUUGGAAUUCUUUGAUUUCUAAUUCAAUGAUUUUAAAAGUUAUAAAGCAAAAUUGGCACAAUAAA